GGCAAUUAUCUUUUGCUUUGAAGUAAAGAAGAGAGAGAAAAUAGUCUCUGUUGAACAAGUCCAGUGUCCUUGAAUGGCCAACAUCAAUCCCUGGCAUUUUGAAUUUCUUUUUCUUUUACCUUUUUUUUUAAUCCGGAUUCUGUGGUUCUUGCAAUUUCCAAUAUUUUGAUGGUUCUUAUUCUCCCCAUUCACAUCCUGCCACGAAUCUAACCAGUUAUUUCACCUAAAGAUUUCACUGAAACAAUAAAACUUCGCAAACGACCUUGAUUAGAAAAACAAACAGCCCUUAUUCACUUUGAUAUUUUAUAUUUCUUUAUACUUUAUAACGGAAUCGUCGAACUUAUUGUGAUUUUGUCCACUUUACAAUGAAGAUCUUUAUAUUAACCUAUAAUUGUAGGUUUUUCAAAAUUUCGUCCAAUUUACGAUGAAUAAUUUUGUUGGUUUUUCGAAAUGUAAAUUUAGAUUAAAAUUUCCUGGCAUAUGUCAGCUUUUAAGUUUACAAAUAAAAUAUUCUACUUCAAAUUAUGAAGUUUUUACAGACAAUGCUUCUAUUUAUGUCCACUGGCCUUACUGUGCCAAAAGAUGCACCUACUGCAAUUUUAAUAAAUAUAUCAACUCCAAUGUUGAUAACAUACGAAUGACCGAUUCAUUAGUAACCGAAACUAAAGCUUUACUAAAACUUAGUGGAGUAAAGCAAAUCACAUCCAUCUUUUUUGGCGGUGGAACACCUUCUCUCGCACCUCCAAGCACUAUACAACGUAUCAUUGAAUGUGUAAAGCAAGUGGCAAAUCUCUCCAACCGAGCAGAAAUUACACUUGAAGCCAACCCGACAGCAUUAGAAUUUCAAAAAUUACGCGACUUUAAAGCAGCCGGUAUCAAUAGACUCUCUGUCGGAGUCCAAUCAUUAAACGAUGCGCAGCUUCGAAUUCUUGGAAGAAAUCACACUGCAGCAGAGUCGAUUAGAUGUGUUGAAGAAGCUAUAAAUCUUUACAAAGGAAAGGUUUCGAUUGAUCUAAUUUUUGGAAUCCCUGGUCAGACUCUAAAGGAUUGGUCGGAAGAACUGAAGAGGACUUUGUGUUUUUGUGAUGAUCAUUUGUCCUUAUAUCAGUUGAUUGUUAAGAGAGGAACUCCACUUUAUCAUAAAAGAUCCAAAGGAAUUAUGAAGUUUCCUAACGAUGAUAUUUUAGCAGAUAUGUAUGAAGAAACAGUAAAAAUAUUAGAGGAAGAGAAAUUUUCACGUUAUGAAGUUUCCAACUUUGCUCGAAAUGGUGCUGAGAGCAUCCACAAUAAAUCUUAUUGGCAAGGUAAACAGUAUAUUGGAGUAGGCCCAGGUGCUCAUGGCAGGUUUGUUACGAAAGGUGAGAAUCUGGAAGGAGGACAUAAUUUCCGACAGGCCCGUAUUCAGAUACUGGAGCCUGGGCAGUGGAUGGCUGCAGUUGAAAGAUUCGGACAUGGUACAAAAAUAUCAGUUCCACUAUCAUUGAAAGAUAUUUUGGAAGAAGGUCUGGUGAUGACUCUUCGUACAGACGAAGGUAUUGACUGUUCAGAAUGGCACCAAAGGACUGGUGUGGAUCUACUUAAAAUUCUUUUUAGCUCUGAAACAAUUCAAGAGUACAUGCUACAAAAGUUCUUUUCCAUAAAAGGAAAUCGGUUAAAAGCCACAAAAAAGGGAAUACUUGUACUCGACAGACUUCUUCCUGAUUUCAUAUUAGCCUUGCAACAACUACUUUGAAUCAUUCGAGAAAAAUCAAAGGUAAAUAAUUUUAUUAAUUUUGUAAGGGUCAUUAUUAUAUAAUUGAUAAUAAGUGGCUGCAUCUGUGGACAAGAAUGACCAUACAAAUAAAUAUGUAUUUCCUUA